GAGAGAGAGAGAGAGAGAGAGCGAGAGAGAGAGAGAGAGAGAGAGAGAGAGAGAGCGAGGGGAGCGAUUCAUGUGAAGUUAAAGAGGAGCCGCAAUCUGACACAAUGCCCACCAUUACUCUUCCGCCGAAGGAGAACGCUCUCUUCAAGAGAAUAUUGCGAUGUUAUGAGCAUAAGCAGUACAGAAAUGGACUCAAGUUCUGUAAACAGAUCCUCUCCAACCCAAAGUUUGCUGAGCAUGGAGAGACCCUAGCAAUGAAGGGCCUGACCCUGAACUGUCUGGGGAAAAAGGAAGAGGCGUAUGAGCUGGUGAGACGAGGCCUCCGCAACGAUCUCAAGAGCCAUGUCUGCUGGCAUGUAUAUGGCCUGCUGCAGCGCUCAGACAAGAAGUACGAUGAAGCCAUCAAGUGUUACCGUAAUGCCCUGAAGUGGGACAAGGACAACCUGCAGAUCCUCCGAGACCUCUCCUUGUUGCAGAUCCAGAUGAGAGACUUGGAGGGAUACAGGGAGACCCGUUACCAGCUACUGCAGCUUCGCCCAGCCCAGCGGGCAUCAUGGAUAGGCUACGCUGUGGCUUAUCACCUGUUAGAAGACUUUGAGAUGGCUGCAAAGAUUGUUGAGGAGUUCCGCAAAACACAACAGACAUCUCCAGACAAAGUGGACUAUGAGUACAGUGAGCUGCUGCUAUAUCAGAACCAAGUGCUGAGGGAGGCUGGACUGAACAAGGAGGCCCUGGAACACCUCAACAACUAUGAGAAACAGAUCUGUGACAAAAUGGCAGUGGAGGAGACAAGAGGAGAGCUACUUUUAAAGUUGGAGCGGCCCAAGGAGGCUUUAGAGGUCUACAGGAGACUCCAGGAGAGGAACCCUGAGAACUGGGCCUACUACGAGGGCCUGGAGAAGGCACUCAAGCCAGCCAGUAAAGAGGAGCGUCUGCAGCUUUAUGAGGAGGCGUGGAUUAAGUUUCCAAAAGGCCUGGUGCCCCGGAGGCUGCCUCUCAACUUCCUCAUAGGAGAAAAGUUCUGUGAAUGUCUGGACUCCUACCUGAGGAUUAACUUCAGUAAAGGCUGUCCACCCGUCUUCACUACCCUCAAAUCUCUCUAUGCUGACAAAGAAAAGGUCUCUGUCAUUGAGGAAUUAGUAGUUGGCUAUGAAACCUGUUUAAAAAGCUGUCGAAUGUUUAAUCAAAACGAUGAUGGGAAGGAGGAGCCCCCCACUACCUUGUUGUGGGUACAGUAUUUCCUGGCACAGCACUUUGACCAUGUGGGCCAGCAGACUGUAGCCCUGGAAUACAUUAAUGCUGCCAUCGAGAGCACACCCACGCUCAUCGAGCUCUUCCUCAUCAAGGCCAAGAUCUAUAAGCAUGCAGGCAAUGUCAAGGAGGCUGCUCGGUGGAUGGAUGAAGCCCAGGCUCUGGACACGGCCGAUCGUUUCAUUAACUCAAAGUGUGCCAAGUACAUGCUGAAGGCUGGCCUCAUCAAGGAAGCUGAGGAGAUGUGCUCCAAGUUCACACGAGAGGGUACCUCAGCAGUAGAUAACCUCAAUGAGAUGCAGUGCAUGUGGUUCCAGACAGAGUGUGCCCUGGCCUACAAGGCCAUGAAUAAGUUCGGAGAGGCCCUCAAGAAGUGUCAUGAGAUUGAGAGGCACUUUGUGGAGAUCACAGACGAUCAGUUUGACUUCCACACCUACUGCAUGAGGAAAAUGACACUGCGAUCGUAUGUGGACCUGCUGAAGCUGGAGGACAUCCUACGGCAACACCCUUUUUACUUCAAGGCUGCCUGCAACGCCAUCCAAAUCUACCUGGCCCUGCACGACAAGCCUCUGGCUGAUGAUAGCAAGGAGAGCCAGGCGGACACAGAGAACCUGACAGACAAGGAACUGAAGAAGCUGCGCAACAAACAAAGAAGAGCCCAGAAGAAGGCUCAGCUAGAGGAGGAGAAGAAGAAUGCAGAGAAGGAAAAGCAGCUGAAGAACCAGAAGAAGAAGAAGGAGGAGGAUGACGAGGAGAUUGGAGGGCCCAAAGAGGAGCUCAUACCAGACAAACUGGCCAAGGUGGAGAAUCCUCUGGAAGAGGCGAUCAAGUUCCUGACCCCUCUGAAGAACCUGGUGAGGGACCGGAUCGAGACUCACCUCUUGGCCUUUGAGAUCUACUUCAGAAAAGAAAAGUACCUGUUAAUGUUGCAGUCGGUAAAGAGGGCUGUAGCUAUAGACCCUCUCAACCCAUGGCUCCACCAGUGUCUGGUGCGCUUUUUCAAAGGAGUCAGUGAGAGUGUGGAUCUGCCGGAGGUGGUGCUAACUGUGUUGAAGGAGGAGAUUUCCAGGCUGUUUGGGGACAGCAACCCCCAGAGGUUUAAUAAGAACUACCUGAGGCAACACUCCAACUCUAUCCCACACCGACUGGCUGCUGCAAAGAUGAUGGUCUACCUGGAUCCUUCCUCUGAUCAGAUGGCCUGUGACCUUGCUACUGCUCUGGAUGAGUCACUCACUGGAAGAAGCAUCAAGAUCUGCACUGAGGUCCUGGAGGCGGUGCGCGACAGCCAGCUGGGCGAGGGCCAGCAGAAGGCUGCCGAGGCGUACCGGGCCGCCUGUCACAAGCUGUACCCUUACACCCUGGCCUUCAUGCCCCCUGGUUACCAAGACAACAGCACCGCCAUUAGCACCAACGGGGACCUGUCAGCAGGGGAACACAACGAGACAGCCUGCGACAUGUGAGGGAGAGAGAGAGAGAAGAGGACGGAGGGGGAAGAGCGCACUCAAAAACACACACAUACACACACACACACAUGCACUCCCACAUAUUCGGUAUGCCAACACCUUUUUCCUCUCCCCUCUCCUUCAGCUACGGCUGCUCGUGAAUUGUCCCUGCAUUGCACUGAUCUGAACGGACUGAGCACCACAGGAUGGGAUGGGAAGUGAAGAGAUGGUAUAGGGAGGAAGCUGCCCAUUUUAGAUUUUUUUUUAUUUUUUAGGUAAAAAAAAACACAAAAAAAACAAAAGCCCUGUCCACAACUAUCCUGUAGCUGUGAGGGCAAAUAUAUAUUGUAUAGGGAGAAAAGGGGGAUCGAGGAAAAAGGUGGACAACGGCUGGUUAUGACAGCUUCUGUAAACACAGUCCUUAUUUUCUAUUACUCCUGUGUUUUCACACUGUGUCCUUCUUGUAGGUGCAUCUGCUUCUCACAUUUCUAAAGGUAAUUUAUAUAUUACAAACUGAAAAAGGAAUUAAUAAAACUAUGUUUGCGAAACCAAAAGGUACCAUUGUAAUAGUGGUGAUGUGGGGGAUUCAGAAUUGCGAGCACGCCAAACACAAAAACGAGGUAGUGCUUUCGAAAAACCGGUGGAAGGGUUUGGCGUGGAGGCCAGGGGGGUCGUUCUCGUUCAGAACGGACCGGUGAAUCCCUGUGGCUCUGCUCGGCCGCGAGGGUUCACGGGUCUGUAGGUGAACUCGAGGGGAUUUUCAGGGAAAGACAGGCGCUUCACUCCCACCCAGAGAGCAGCUCCGUUGGGGUAACUGAUUAAUGUCCAAGACUUUAAUUUCAACGCCUCGUCACUCUUUCUCUGCACCUCUUCCAUUUUAACCUUGGGGAAACUUGUGAAGGGUACUGGGACAACGUGUGGCAAAGAAAAAUAUGACAGCCACAUCUCUGUCACUGUAAUUUAAUUUUUGGUUUGAGAUAUAUAUAUAUAUAUAUAUA